CCAAUUCUUGACAGGGUUCAAACAUAACCCGGCCGCUACACUUCCUUCCGCUUCUAUAUUCCCAGACAUUCUAAAGCAAAAGCAUGUUUUUCCACAUAGUAUUGGAGAGAAACAUGCAACUUCAUCCACGCCACUUCGGUCGUGACCUACGUGAUAAACUUGUCUCCAAACUCAUGAAAGAUGUCGAAGGCACUUGCAGUGGUCGACACGGUUUCAUAGUGGCCAUUACUGGGAUUGAAAGCGUUGGAAAAGGUUUAAUUCGUGAUGGAACAGGUUUUGUUACUUUUCCAGUGAAGUACCAAUGUGUUGUGUUUCGACCUUUCAAAGGUGAGAUUUUGGAAGCUGUUGUUACCAUGGUUAACAAGAUGGGAUUUUUUGCUGAAGCAGGGCCUGUGCAGAUUUUUGUUUCAAAUCAUUUGAUACCAGAUGACAUGGAGUUCCAGUCAGGGGAUGUGCCAAAUUAUACAACUUCAGAUGGCUCGGUUAAGAUUCAGAAGGAAAGUGAAGUUAGAUUGAAGAUUAUUGGAACACGUGUUGAUGCCACAGAAAUUUUCUGUAUUGGUACGAUAAAGGAUGAUUUCCUAGGUGUGAUCAGUGAUCCGGGCACAAAUGCUUGAUACGCGCGUAUAAGUGCUUGACCUUUGUAUAGAUGCUGCUCGUGGACCUUUUUGAGGAGAAGUGAUGUUUUCAUGGUCGAACUAUUGUAAUAGAGGUUCAUGUAAUGUCCUAUUGAGAAGCGAAUCCUUCGCUAGCUACUGGCUAGAGUACAUUGCCCAAUGUUGAUUUUGCAUUCUUGGCCUGAUUUAUUGCUGCAACUAGAUUCGUAGGUAAGGUUUUAUCCUCUUUACUUGUACUUUUUCUUUUUGAGGUACUAUUAAUGAAAGUCCAUAUAGGGACUCUGCCUGGGUGGAGGUGUUCAUCUCCAAAUUUAUGCUUUUAUGUUGGAAACCUUAAAAGGUCAUAACUCUGGUCAUGUGGGUUAAUGAUAUAUUUCAACAGUGUUUCCCAUAUC